GAUCAAGUUCGUUAAGUAAAGGCUGAAUAUGAAAGUGUCGACAACAAAGUUGAACAUCAACAUCACACCGUUUUACAUCAACAUCAACAUCACUUCAACCGAUCAUUUCAUCCACUCAACUUGAGCUCAUCAAUUUCACCUUCAUCAACCAAACUUCAUCUCUGUUUAUACCAUCAAUUGUCUCUUCAUUGAAAUGACUAUUCAAUUUUAAUUUUUCAUCUCAUUCCAUCUUCAUUAUAUCGUUGUGAUUUAUUUCAUUGUGUAUUCAAAGGACUUUCAUUUUUGAUUCCCAUCUCGAAUCAGAAUCAUCUUUAUCAUCACCAUUGUAUGUUUACAUCUUCAAGUUGUCUCUAAUUACUAUUAAGGAAUCUCCUAGUGACUAGUUGACAUUUUAACUAUAAUUUAAUCUUCCACCCGAAAGCCAAUCAAAAAUUAACCUUUAAGAUGAAUAAAUUUUGGAUCUUGCUUUUAUUAACAUUUUUCGCUCUCCUCGCACGAAUUCACUGUCAAUCUACGGAUAACAUGGAAGGAAUGGAAGGACUAGAUGAUGACGAUGAUGAAGAUUAUGAUGAUACCGCUGAACGUCAAUUAGGUGGCUCGGUUCGAGAUGCUGUUCGCAACUUUGUCUCUGGUACAGUUAAAUACAUUACAAACACUCGAUUAAUACCUUCAGUUGUAUCUCAAGCCUUCCGUCGACCAGGAGCCUCGGCCAUCAGUGGUGCCGCUGGAGCAGCCUCUGGACUAGCUAGUAGUUCAUCUGCUGCUAACGCUGCUGCAAAUGCUGCUGCUAAUGCGGCUGCCAAUUCUGCUGACGGAGGAAUGUCAAUGUCAGCCUCAAAUGCAAUCGAAACAGCAGCCUCAGCAGCUGGAUCUGCCUUAUCCGGAGCCUCUGGUUCAUCAGCACUUGCUAAUUCAAUUGCCAAUUUCAAUGCUUUACUUCCAAUCUCAACAGCUUCUAAUCAAAUUCAACAAGCUAGCGAAUUUUUAGGAAAUGUAUUUCGAACCAUGAGAUCUAAUUGGGCUCGGCGUAACCAAGAACAACAACAAGAACUUCGUAAAAGGAUUGCUUCAAUCACUAAACGAUUAACAAAUUCAAGAGUAGUUGUCGGUACUCUUCAUCGACUCACCGGUAGGGAAGACUCUGGAUCAAGCAACACUGUUGAUGUACCCCAACCUGGUGACCUUAAAACAUCGGAAAGUAAAGUUCAACAGACAAUCGCCCAAGAAUAUCCACAAUUGAUUCCAGUUCCAUACUUUGCACCAUUCUAGUUAUUAUUAAUCUAAUAGUUAAUGGUAUGUUCAUUUUUUGCUCUUGUGUUCUCUCUCUCUUCGCAAUGUGACCUCAACCAAAUCACCGCAUCCUUUUACUUCUGGCCACUGGCUCUAAAUCAUUGACAAAGUGAUGAUGCUGUUGAUAAAUUGUGGACCUAAGAGAUGCUGAUUAACUUUCAAUCUUCUAAUUUUUUAAAUUACCAACCGGGACUUUUAAAAAGCUUGAUUGGUGUGAAAUAAUUUCAAUAGGAAAUUAAUUCAUUUGCAAUUUUUUUCUCAAUGUGAUCGAUUAAAUGUCGAGAUGAUUAACUUUUUUUUUACUUCAAUAGCUUUGCCUUGGCUAUUCAAUAAAACCACCAAAAUGUGACAAAAUCCAAAAACCUUAAUUUUAAAUAUAACAAUUAAUAUUGAAUGAUAAUGAUAAAUUGAUGUAAAAGCUUAUAUAAUUUUGUUUUCAUAAUAAUGUUACAAUUAACUCUUCUUUUUUUGCUCUCCUUCAUUUUUUAAUUUGUAAUUCGCUCACAAUCAAAAUUUCAAUCAUCAUUACAAUUUAAAAACAAAAACAAUUGUUGCUUCACUUUUUCUUUCCAAUUCAAUAACACAACUAAUCAUAUAAUGGGAACAAUUUGUUUACAGAAAAUGAUAACACAAAAUUUGGCGACUUGAACAAUAUUAAAUAAGGUAAUGGUGAUCAUUUUAAAACAGGAUAACAAGUCAAUCAUCAGAAUCAUCAUUAUGAUCACCAUUCCUAUCGUCUUUUGUAGUUAGAUGAACAAAAAAGUAUAAUGUUAACACUGCAACAAAAAAAAGGUAAUAACAUUUGAACCAUGAAUGAGUUACAAUUAUUGAAAGAUAUUUAAGAUAGAUUCAAGAAAGGGAUAAAGAUGAUGGCGAUGAUAGCGUUCAUGAUGAAAUUGAGUCUCUUAAAUUACGGAUGAUUGGUAAUGACUGUAAUUGUGAUCGUUAAAUAGGCUUAAUUCGUCGCUUCAAAGAUCUUGAGAUGACAAGUGUAACAUGUUCAUGUAUCAUAGCGAGAUAGUGAAACAUAUAACUGUUAUUACAAUUAUUUUUAGAUACUGUAAACCUUCAUCUCACAGAGCCAACAGCUGAUUAACAGUUAAAUACAAACAAAAUUGUAAUUCUUUGUCUACAGAAUCAAUCUCUGUGAAUGACGAUUAGAAACAAUCAAAUACAUUUGUUAUAGUUUAAUAGCAAAGAUGCAAAGGAAUCAAAUUUCCCCAACAUUCAAAUGUUAUAUGAUUUUUACCUUCACCAUUUUAUGAUAAUAAAAAUGGAUAUUGAUGGUUGUUGCCAAGUUUUAUCACAAUUCACAAUCAACCUACUGAUCAAUUUUACACGCUAAUUGUAAACAAAGAUGGUUUUAAUGACAACUCGGGGUAGGUCGGUAAGCCAUGAAUCGAAUCUUAUCUAUAUUUAAUUUAAUGAAACAAGGCGAUUAUGUUGUUGUGAUGAAUUACUUGAAUCCAUAAUCUUUGAUA